ACACAGAAGAUUGGAAAAUACAAUUGUUCCAAAAUACAGAAACAUCAGUCUAGGUACAACUGCUGAGUUUGACAAAGUUCUCUCCACCAUUAAAGAACAAGAAGAUAAAAUCUGCAAAGCUGUACAUGAAAAAAGCAUUCAACUCACAGAAGAAGUAAGCAGUCGAAAGAAAAAAGCUAUAAGAAAGAACAAGGAAAGCCAGUCUUUAGCAGAAAAAGCUGAAAAAGAAGUCAACCAAAUUGUUACCAAAAAUAAAGAUAUUCUAAAUGAUAAUGAUGCCACAGCCAUACUUAAAUACCAAUCAAGAAAUGGGGAUUUCAGAAAGGGCCCACAUUUACAAAGUUUUUCUUGUCCAAUGUUACUUCCUGGCACCAUACAAAGUCCUUAUGGAAACCAUGAGGAAUUUGGUAUUGAGCAUCAGCUACGGAAUGUUCAGUGUGUUGGGAGGGAUAAGAUCUUGACCAGUGGAGGUGACAAAACAAUAAAAGAGAUAGACAGGACUGGAUCCAUAUUAAGAACAAUUCAUACAAAUGCUAUUGUGUGGGCAUUAACGAUUAACUCACAAAUGGAACCAGUGCAUUCCAUAAGUUAUGCUCAUAAACAAAAUGCAGACAUUUAUGUUUAUAAUAAGAAGGCAGUGAAUGUAUUAUUCAGCAUACUCAAUUGGUUUCCUGUCGGUCUUUGUUACACAGAUAAUGGAGAUCUGCUGGUGAGUAUGCGAUCUAUGGAUAAAACACAGAGUAAAGUUGUUAGAUACUCAGGGACCACAGAGAUUCGAAAGAUUCAGUAUGACAGUCAGGGCCAACCUCUGUUUUCUACUGGUGAUACAAAUGUGCUUCUCCUGACUGAGAAUGGCAAUGGUGACAUCUGUGUUUCAGACAAUAAAGGGAAGGCAGUUGUUGUGAUGAAUUCUUCUGGGGGAUUAAGAUUCAAGUAUAAAGGCAAUCUCUUUAACCAAUCAAAGUACAGAGAGUUUGAACCAUGUAAUAUCUCUACUGAUGUCAAUACUCAAAUACUUAUCAGUGAUCUCUCAAACAACGUGGUCCACAUCAUAGACUGUAAUGGUAACUUUGUCCGUUAUAUAGAGAAUCUAUGUAACGGAAGACUCAGUAUUAGUAUUGAUGAAGAUCACAAUCUUCUCAUUGGAGAAAGCAAAAGUGGAAAAAUUCAGAUUAUCAAAUAUCUAGAGUGAUGACAAUUAUGAAUGAUAAAGAAAAAAACCGACAAAAUUACACUCUUUGUCUCAUCAAGUUUCCCAUG